CAGUGACAAGACCUAAGCCAUCCCUGGAUGCACAGAGGACUUUGCUAGAUUAACAGAGGCAAGAAAAAUGACAACCCCAACAGACUGGCUCAAGAAUGAGGAAGCGGCCCUCUUCACCACAUCUUACGAGUAUAUCUCAAUACUGUGUGAGAAAAUCAAAAUCCAACAGCUGGGGGCUCAGAUGCUGCCGCCACUGUAUGCCCUGGUGUUCGGGGUUGGCCUGGUGGGCAACGUGAUGGUGCUGCUGAUCCUCACAAAAUACAAAUGCCUCCGGAUUCUGCCCAACAUCUACUUGCUCAAUUUGGCACUUUCUGACUUGCUCUUUCUGUUGACCCUGCCAUUCUGGAUUCACUACGCCAAGUGGACCAACUGGGUUUUUGGCCACAGCAUGUGUAAGUUGCUCUCGGGCCUUUAUUACCUAGGCUUGUACGGGGAGAGUUUUUUCAUCAUCCUGCUGACCAUAGACCGGUACGUGGCCAUCGUCCAUGCCGUGUUUGCCCUGCGGAUCCGGACCGUCACUUUUGGGAUCAUCAGCAGUGUCCUCACCUGGGUCUUGGUAGGGCUAGCAGUGAUCCCUGAGAUUAUCUUCCAUAAGUCCCAAGAGACGUCUAGGAACUCGUACUGUAGUUCAUUUUACCCGGAGAAUGAAGAAGACACCUGGAAACGUUUUCAGGUUGUGAGAAUGAAUGUUUUGUGUCUCGUUCUGCCUCUGCUCGUGAUGGCCAUCUGCUACACUGGAAUCAUUAAAACGCUGAUGAGAUGCCCCAGUAAAAAGAAGUACAGGGCCAUCCGGCUCAUUUUUGUCAUCAUGGUGAUCUUUUUCCUUUUCUGGACGCCCUACAACCUGGUUCUCCUUAUUUCCACUUUUCAAACCAUCUUCUUCGAGAGCAGCUGUGAGCGGAACAAACAGCUGGACGUGGCCCUGCAGGUGACGGAGGUGAUCGCCUUCACGCACUGCUGUGUCAACCCUGUGAUCUACGCCUUUGUCAGCGAGAAGUUCCGGGAGCACCUUAGCCAUUUCUUUCACACGCACGUGGCCCUGCACCUGGGCAAACAUAUCCCCUUUCUUCCUAGCGAGAAACCGGAGAGGGGCAGCUCUGCGUCCCCAUCAACGUGGGAGCAGGAACUCUCUGCUGUGUUUUAGGUCAGAUGCAGAAAAUCGCCUUAAGGAAAUGCGCUGAGCAGAUGAAGCAAACACGUUAAGCCAAUUACAUUGACCUCUACUCCAGUCCUUUGAACUUCUGGUGCAAGCCCGAAGGUCUUGAAGAUGUGAAAACACAUACACGAUGGUGGCUGUACAUCUAUGUACCCCAAAGUCAUUACCGGAGGUCAACGGCUGGGCACUUUACUUAUCAUCGACCCUGAAAAGCAGAGCUUUGCUUGAUUCUCUGAAGUUACAUACA